AUGGACCAGCCCAAUGUUGCUCCAACAAAAUACUCCAUCCGGGCUCAAUAUACCUCGAAAACAAUAACCGUCUACCAAGCUUAUCCACCAGCAAUUGCCAACGCGGCGCUGUACGCGGGGAAAUUCGUCGCCCCUUUCAAACGCAGGCGCAUGACCUGGAUCAAGCCCUCAUUUCUCUGGAUGGCCUACCGCUGCGGCUGGGCCACCAAGAAGGACCAGGAGCGCGUGCUAGCUAUAGAAAUUGCACGCGAGGGGUUCGAAUGGGCGUUGGCACAUGCUUGUCUGAGCCAUCCCACCCCACGCCUGUAUGCGGACCACGCAGCCUGGGAGCUUCGCAAGAAUGAAAGUCCCGUACGUGUGCAGUGGGACCCGGAGCGGGAUUUUGAGUUCCGACCCCUAGAGUAUAGGUCGCUGCAGGUUGGGUUGAAAGAAGAGGCGGUGGAUAGGUAUGUGGAUGAGUGGACAGUAGGGAUCAGGGAUGUCACAGGGUUGAUGCAGGAGAUAGGUCAGUUGGUGGGGGAGGGGAAGAUAGAGGAGGCAAGGCGCAAGAUGCCGGUGGAGGAGGUGUAUGUCUUACCGACGGAUGUGGCCACGGUUGUUGGAGCGGAUUAG